UGUCUCCCUGUCUCCACCCACCUCCUGCACUCUCCCUUCUCCUUUAUAAAGGCCGGAACAGCUGAAGGGUGGCAACUUCGGCAGCCGGGAGCAGCCUGCCCGCCUCCCCCGCUGCCUCCCCGAGGGCUCCCCUCCGGCCGACAGCGCCCAUCUUUCUCCAGAGAGAUAUUUUGCGCACACACACAUACACACACGCGCAAAAGGGAAAGGAGAGAGAGAGAGAGAAAAAAAAUCCCACCCUCUAGCCUCGUUGCAACGAGAAAGCCGGAGCAGACGCAGCUCGAAGCCCGCAGAGGACGCCCAGAGCGGGGAGCGGGUGGGUGGAUAGAGCGAGCGUCUGACCCACGCCGCGUCCACCUGUCGGGCCGGCCCGGCCCAGAGCGCAGUGGGCGCGCCGCGCGCUCGGAGCAGCCGUGCCCGCCGCUCGGGCCCCGCGCCAGGGCGCACACGCUCCCGCCCCGCCACCCGGCCCGGGCGGGAGUUUGCACCUCUCCCUGCCCGGGUGUUCGGGCCGCUGCUGCAAAGCCAACUUUGGAAAAAGUUUUUUUGGGGAGACUUGGGCUUGGAGGUGCCCAGCCCUUCGCUUUCUGAUCCGGGGGCCCUUUCCCGAAAAUGUUGCAAAAAAGCUAAGCCAGCGGGCAGAGGAACACGCCUUUAGCCGGCGAGUGAAGACGAGCCAUCGACUGCCGCGUUCCUUCUCCUCCCGGAGGUUGGAGUCCCCUGCGCGCCCCCACACGGCUAGACGCCUUGGCUGGUUCGCGACGCAGCCCCCAGGCCGUGGAUGCUCGCGUGGGCUCGGGAUCCGCCCAGGUAGCGGCCUCGGACCCUGGUCCCGUGUCCAGGUCCUCCCCAGCCCCCCAGCGACGGAGCCGGGGCCGGGGGCGGCGGCGCCCGGGGGCCAUGCGGGUGAGCCGUGGCGGCGGCUGCAGCGGCCUGAGCGCCUGAUCUCGGCGGACCCGAGCGGAGCCCACCCUCCUCCCCAGCCCCCCACCCUGGCCGCGGGGGCGGCGCACUCCGUCUACGCGUCCGGGGCCCCGCGGGGCCGGGCCGGGAGUCGGCAUGAAUCGCUGCUGGGCGCUUUUCCUGCCUCUCUGCUGCUACCUGCGUCUGGUCAGCGCCGAGGGGGACCCCAUUCCCGAGGAACUCUAUGAGAUGCUGAGUGACCACUCCAUCCGCUCCUUUGAUGACCUCCAGCGCCUGCUGCACGGAGACUCCGUAGAUGAAGAUGGGGCCGAGCUGGGCCUGAACAUGACCCGAGCACACACUGGAGCCGAGCCAGAAAGCUCAUCUCGAGGGAGGAGGAGCCUAGGCUCCCUGGCAGCCGCAGAGCCUGCCGUGAUCGCCGAGUGCAAGACGCGCACGGAGGUGUUCCAGAUCUCCCGGAACCUCAUCGACCGCACUAACGCCAACUUCCUGGUGUGGCCGCCCUGCGUGGAGGUGCAGCGCUGUUCCGGCUGCUGCAACAACCGAAACGUGCAGUGCCGGGCCUCGCGGGUGCAGAUGCGGCCUGUUCAGGUGAGAAAGAUCGAGAUUGUGCGGAAGAAGCCAGUCUUCAAGAAGGCCACAGUGACCCUGGAGGACCACCUGGCCUGCAAGUGUGAGACGGUAGUGACCCCCCGGCCUGUGACUCGAAGUCCUGGGACAUCCCGGGAGCAGCGAGCCAAGACACCUCAGACGCGGGUGACCGUCCGGACGGUGCGAAUCCGCCGGCCCCCCAAAGGGAAGCACCGAAAAUUUAAGCACACGCGUGACAAGAAGGCACUGAAGGAAACCCUCGGGGCCUAGGGGCACCGGCAAGAGUGUGGGCAGGGUUAUUUAAUAUGGUAUUUGCUGUAUUGCCCCCAUGGGGUCCUUGGAGUGAUAAUGUUGUUCCCUCGUCCGUCUGUCUCGAUGCCUGAUUCGGACGGCCAAUGGUGCUUCCCUCACCCGCCUGCCCGGCCACCUCCACCAGCAGCAGUCAGCCCGCCCUGCGGCUCCAGAGGCAAACAAAGGACUCCGCUCCAUGCUGCUUCUUCCCUUGACCCCAAGAACCUGGGACAAGUGUUUGGGAGCCUCACCGGGGACUGUGGACUGGUCCCGGGAGCUUGGCACUUGGCCUGAGGAUGUCUGCAUGUCCUGCCUGGUUUCCUGGAGCCCUGGCCAGCCAGCAGGGAACACUUUCAGGCAGGCUAGGGUCCCUUGUAGUCCCGUGGCCAGGACCACAUGGGAAGCACAGACUGGAGGAAUCCUCAUGGCACCCAGACCUGCCACUCACCUCUCCCCGCCCCCUCAGCCCACAGCGGCUUUUCAUUUUAUAAGUAUGAAAUCAUGGAAGACAUGAACUCCUCUGGGCAGAUGGCCACACGCCUUCUCUGAUGGAUUAGAGGUGCAGCGUGCUUGUGACCUGGGCCAUGUCCCCUGCCUCUUUUCACCUCCCCUACAUUUACUUCUCUUUCAUUUCUCUACCUCCACUCAGUCUUCUUCCUCAUAUGCCCUUCUGUCUGCUCAGCCACCGAGUGCUUGGAUCUUGACUGAGGCUCUGAAUGACCCUGUCCUUCCUCCUUGGGGCAGAAAACAUGUCCGUUAAGGUUGUGUGGGAUUAUGGGCAGUGCACGUGGAGAAUUCUGUGCAUACCCUAUGUAUGGCCAAUUUGUCUAUUACGGAUUUCUGGCAGAUGUAGGUCAAGCCUCAGAGGAAAGGGAGCCUUGCUUCUAUUUCAUACCAAGGCCCUGUGUGGACGGGCUGUGUGUGCCCUGAUCCAGCCUGAAGCUCAGCGUGAGCCUGUGGUGCUGGGGGAAGCAACGCUGUUUUUUGUUUUUGUUUUUGCCCAUUGCCUCCACUUCCUGGGUCUCAGCUCCAGCUGUUCCCAUCCUGGCAGGUGUGGGACACUAGAAGAUCUCCAAGGGAGGGGCAGCCCUCACUGCCCUCUCAGCCCUCAGCAAGAUUGAGGUGAUGUGCCCAUCUUCCCCCUCACCUUUCCCUGCACUUCUCCCCCUCCCCCGUCCCAGGUCUGCUUCCUUUGUAAAGUCGGUGAUUAUAUUUUUGGGGGCUUUCUUUUUAUUUUUUAAAUGUAAAGUUUAUUUAUAUUCCGUAUUUAAAGUUGUAAAAAAAAAAAAAGCCACAAAACAAAACCGAGUGAA